UCGAGGCCCAGGGACCACUCGCCGGAUCACACGCGUCCUAAAGAUCUCCCACAGCGCAUCUGGUUAUGGAUCACAACUCGCGCACAACGCAUCUACCUUCGCAUUUAGCAUCUUGCCUCUUGAUUCUCAGCAUCUUCCAUCAGAUCCCUCCUCCCACUUGCUCCAUCCGACGGCUCGCGUCCCUCCCCACUUCUCCCGUCUGCACCCUAUAAAUGCCCACCUCCCCUCCCACACGAGCCUCGUGCUCAUCGCUCAUCACCGUCUUCACUCACUCUCACGCCCAAGAGAGAAAAACGCCAUCGCGGGGGGCUUGGCCGGAGAGAAAGAGACGCGAUGAACGACGCCAUGGCAUCCAGGGUGGAGGCGCUCGCGUUCCAGUACGUGGGCUUGGGGCUGUUCACGGUGGUCAACAACCUCUGGACGCUGGUGGCCGUCGUGACCGCCGCCGUCAGCGUGUGGAGCAUCAGGGCAGCCACCGGCUCCUCCACCGUCCGCCGCCGUCACCAGCCCCGGUCCUCCCCGCCGUGCGGCGACGGUGGCUCGAUCGGCAGGUCGGAUGGGUGCCGGGAGCAGCGGCCGGCCGAUGCCGAAGAGGAAUCCGCGCCGGCGGCCGUCGACGAUUCGUCGGCGGCCUCGACGUCGGCGGACUAUCCCAGCAGCGGUCUGGGCGACGGAGUGACGAAAGGGAGGAGGAAGUUCACGACCUACUACAAGGAAGACGGCAGAUGCGAGGCAGCGGCGGCGGAGGUGAAGGAGGAGGAGGAGGAAGCCGGGGAGGGCAGUUCUUGCGGGGGAGAAGAGUGGUGGGAGAGCUGGGAGAGGGUGUUGAAGGUGAGGAACGGGGAGAUGUCGUGGUACCGGUGUCAGGACACAGGGGUGAUAAACGGGGCCGUGGUGCGGCUGUGGGACGAGAAAAGAUGCGGGAGCGGAAGGAUGGACGGCGCACGCUGCGCGGUGUGGUAGUUGUAGUAGGGGGUAGAGUCAGAAGAAGCUGCUGUAGCCGGUGGCUCGUGCAAUAAUAGCUCGGUGGUUCAGGACCAGGGGUGUGGAUUUUUAUUUUUUGGGGAUGUUUGAGGUUGUAAUUGUAUAUAGCUUUGUUGGUUAGAACUCCAAAAAACCAAAGACGACAUGAAUGCAAUACUCUCGAGUUGCA